UUGUGGUUGUUUACAAGACGUUUUUACAGCAUCACCGUGCCUGUUUAGGAGAGAUUAGCCCCUGUUGCCCGCCUCCCCAAUCUGGCGCUGCUCUGACCUCCCCCAUGUGAGUGGUGGGGGCCGCGGGGAGAGGAGCAGCGGGUCAGAUGAGGGUCAAGAGGUCAGCAGGAGCGGGGAGAGGACAGCCGCUAGAGAGUAAGACAAGGUGGUAUGCCCUAGAGGCAGUGUGAGGCAAGCAGACCCUGCAGGGAUCUCUUCCUCCAGCCCUGAACUCAUGGACAAAAAGAAGACGGAGAUUAUUAUGGAAGCAGACGAGAUGGAGGACGGAAGCAUCUUUGUUUGUUUUAUGUGUGAGAGGGAGUUCAAUAAGGUGUCCCUUCUCAAUGAACACAUGCAGCAACACCAGAACAUGCCAGAAAUGCACAAAGAACUCCCAUCAAGAAGGAAAGGCCGUGGUAAGCCAGGUGGGCGUACUAGCAGUGCGAGGGGACGGGGGAAUAGUCACAUCCAGCCAGCAGCACCGCUGGUGCAGAUCAAGGAGGAGCCAAUUGAUCGCACCAUAUACAUCAAGUCUGAGCCAGCCGACAUAUUCUGCCCGUCCCCUGUCAAGAAAGCAGAGCGCAUCAGGCAGUAUUUUCAGAGUCGUGGUCGGGUUCGGCCACAAAGCAAGCGGCCCACCUUGUCAGAUGAUGGGGAUGGUCUGGAUGACCCAGAGCUGCAGCUGAUGGGAGACGACCUAAUGAUGGUGCCACCACCCACCAAGAAGUCCUCCUUUGGGCCAUGUAUCAUGACCCCAGAGCCAGAGGGUUUUAUUUGUCCCUCAGCCACCACAAGCUCCUCAUCCUCUGCCACCUCCUCUGUUGGCAGACCAAGGAAAAAUGUUAAAAUAAGAAAGAAGCUCAUUGUACAGGAGGUGGUGUACGAAGAAGUGCAGGAAGACGAGGACAGUGGUACCAAUGGCUCCUGUGAGGUCAACAAUGGCCGGCGAAAAGAAAGCUUCAAAGAUGAGGAGGAACUGGACGAUGAAGAUGACAUGUUAGGAGAGACCAUUGAGGUGAUGGAGUUUCCUCCCAUCAAGAAGGACAGCACCAGCCAGAGAAAGCCAGGCAGACGGUCACAGCCAAGAGUCUUUUCAGAGGAGCGGGGUAUUCCAUGCCAGGAAUGUGGCAAAGAGUUCAGAUCUGUUACAACUCUUCGUGUUCACAUGAAAGCACACUUAGAGGUCAGGGAGAUUCCUUGUCCUUACUGUGAUGAAACGUUUCCUCAGCGCCACGUCUUACAUCAACAUCUUGUAAACGCUCAUGAGCAGUCAAUUAAUCUCACUUGUCCGGUGUGUCAAAAGGUGUUCACUAGAACGGACUCCUUGAAAUCUCACAUGGUGAGGAUGCAUGAGGAAGAUGGUGGACUUACAUGUUACAUUUGUGGCAAAAACUUUCCCAGUCAAGGACAACUUGAAAUGCACGUCAGGGUUCACACGGGUGAACGACCAUUUAAAUGUGAAUUUUGUAGUAAAGGAUUUGUGCAGAAAGUGCACCUCCGAACACACUUACGAACAAUGCACAACAUUCAAGAGAUCCAGAACACUCCAUGCCGUAUAUGCAAUGCAAUGCUAGACGGCAGGGCGGGUCUCAGGGAACAUUAUAAUAUGGUACAUGGACUAACAAAUAGUCAGUACAAGUCAAGAGUGGCCAAACUUAGGAAGGAGGGAAAAAUACCAGAAUUGCCACCACCCGUUGUGAAGGAAGUUGACCCCUCCCUCAACUACCAUAAAGUCAAUGUGUCAGAGGUGGUGUCCCCGCCCACCACUCGCACCACUGUCACCCCAGGGAAAAGCUUUACCCGGCGAGGUGCAGCCAGACUGAGGCAGGUGCGCAAGUCCAUAUCAGCCACGGCACGAGUAGUCAACAGUGAGACGAGUGCACCUUUUGAGGCCAUGACAGUCAAGGUGGAGCCUGAUGAUGUGCCCAAGCGUAGGGACCAAGAGGAGCUCAACAUUGUUGAGUCAGCCUUCAAGGUUGCAGAACAAAUGGACCAGCUGGAAGGCAACGUGCCAGGAAGCACCACCAUCCUAGUGGCAGGUGAAGACUCUGCCACCACUGGUGUUUAUUAUGCCAUCCCUGUGGUAAUGGACGACAACACUAAUAGCAGCACUGCCAACUCCUCAAACCAAGAUUCUGCCAACAAUGACAUCACUAACACCAUCACCACUAACGGGACUGCAAUAUCCUCGCCCUCUGAGGGACCAUCCAGCCUCCAAGAGGUUAACUUAGGAGACGAAGACUUAGACGAUGAAUACGCACAGUUUGCUGCUGAGCAUUCCCACCUUGGGAGUGAUGGAUUCAACUCGGACAGUUUGGGAGGAAAGGGAUCCAUCGUGAAAGCUGAGCCAUUAUCUCUCUUUACAGACCCAAGUGACCCCUCACAGACAGAAACAGUAGAGAUGUUUACUAUGUAGCUUCUCAACUCUGGAGGAUAUAUUUUAUACAUGCUUGUGAGAGGUACAUUAUGUAUUGUACAGGUGGUUUGUCUCAGGAGUCUUCAGUUGCUGUAUCUGUACUGGACAUGGCUGUCUAAAAGUUCAGUCUUUUCAAUUAAAGUGUUAGAAAAGUGAUUGUAAUUAUAAAUUGGAAUGGUACUUAGUUUUUGUUUUCAGGUUGGUGUUUUAUGUUUAGCUUACCACCAAAGAAGUGUGCAAGUAUUUUUAUAAGAUGACAUAUAGUUUCAGUUGAUUAUGAAUUAUUAGUGUGAUAGCAUACAUUUGUAACUCACUUCCAGUUACAUUCUUUAGUUUCCAGAUAAACAGUAGAACCUCAAAGAUCUACAGAAUAUGAGAAGGAUAGUUUAAAUCAAUAUCCAUCAUUCUUAAUUUCAGAAUCGUUUGUGCACUUGAUACAGAAUUUCUUGACCAGUCAAUCAUUAAAUUCCUGAGGCUUGUCAGGUUUCUCACUCUCCAGACAUAGCUUCUUGGGACUAAUAGCUGAAUGUGUCACUAAAGGGUCCAGUUAGAGAGCCAUUAGGGCCUCAUGACAAAUCGAACAGCACACCUGGUUGCUAUAUAAAAAAAAAAUAAUAAUAAUUAAAAUGCCAGUGAAAGGUGCAUGGGGAUAAAUCAAGGAUAUAUAGCAGUACAUAACUAUAUGAAUCAGGAAAUCUGUUACUGACAUGCUGAAGUGAAACUCCAGGUACUCUGAGAAUAAGUAUUGGUAGAAGAAUUAAUUGGUCAUCGUUUGCCAUUUCAUGCUGUGAACAAGAAUCACUCGCUCUAGUCUUGUGUAAUGAAUGUGUGAGAAGAAAAAUGCCAGCUGAGUUGCUAAACUGAAGAUUGCAUAUCAAAGUGCUUCCUCUUAAGGGAUAUAUGUCAGCACUUUGUGUACAAUGAACAUCACUGAAAUGCAAAAGCCAAGAGCCUGAAGGAGCACAGUUGAGUUAAGUGUGUAAGUGUGAGGGAAGGAAGUCAGUUUUAUAACUCCAUAGAUUGCAUUUUCAUUAGAUUUUGAUCUCAUAAUUCAGGUCUUUGAGGUUUCACCGUAGGUACAGAUACUGGUGUGUAGACAGUGAAAGUUGCCUUUCUAAUGAACUUUACAUUAGAACAUUCCCCAACAGAAAACACAUUGAAAUAUAAUUAUAGAAAUUAACUGCUUGUAUUACAGAAUGAAGAUAACCCAUCGAGACUUUUUGAUGAUUUUUUAUGAUGUAUUGAUUACAUAUCAGUGUUUCAUUAUAGCAAACAAUCUGAUAUGUUAAUCUUUAAAUCAAUAGAUAAUUACUAUAAUGUGCACUACAUGAAAUGUGCCACCACAGUAAGAUAUUUUGACAUAACUUUGUCUGACAUAUAUACAUAUUAUAUAUAAUUCAAAUGAGAUGUUAAAAUUUAUAAUGGUGUGUAAUAUAAAUUUUCUGCUGAUAUCACUGGCAGUAGAUUUCAUGAGAGAAGGAACCACCACACUCCACUAGUGUUUAAAUUCUUCAUUUAGGAAAUAUUAUAGAAGGGACAAAUAUUUUUCUAAUGCAGUUUUGUGUAUACUAGUAAAUGUGUGUAAUGUGCCAUCAUUUCAAGGUACUUCCAGAGAUAUACAUGCAGAAAAGAGCAGUAAAAUAUUUCCUUCAUCCCAUUGGAAAUUCAUUAUUCUCAUCAAGGUAAAUACUACAUUCAUCUAUUACUUAUAAAAGAUUUAGAUACUUUGCAGUGUAGGCUUUUACAUCAGAUAUGACUAAUGUUCUCAAAAUCUGUCCGAUGUGAUAUGGUUUCCAAAAUUUGUGUUAGCAGCUUUACCUGCAUGUCUACUGGCACACUCAUAGGUUCCCUGUACAUGAUUUCUCUUCUAACUUAUUCCAAAAUAUGUUAGUACUGAAAACAAGAACUGACAUCAUU